GCACCCUAACCCUAGCGCCGCACACUCUCCCGCCGCCGCCCACAGCAGCAGCAGAAGCAGCACCAGCAGCAGGGAGGAGGAGGAGGAGGAGGAAGAGGGAAGAUGCCGGCGGGGCACGGGCUGCGGUCGCGGACGCGUGACCUCUUCGCGCGGCCGUUCCGCAAGAAGGGGUACAUCCCGCUCACCACCUACUUGAGGACGUACAAGAUCGGCGACUACGUCGACGUCAAGGUGAACGGCGCCGUGCACAAGGGCAUGCCGCACAAGUUCUACCACGGCCGCACCGGCCGCGUCUGGAACGUCACCAAGCGCGCCAUCGGCGUCGAGAUCAACAAGCAGGUUGGUAACCGGAUCAUCAGGAAGAGGAUCCAUGUCCGUGUGGAGCAUGUCCAGCCAUCCAGGUGCACCGAGGAGCUCCGCCUGAGGAAAAUCAAGAACGAUCAGCUCAAGGCUGAAGCCAAGGCCCGUGGGGAGGUUAUCAGCACCAAGAGGCAGCCCGAGGGACCCAAACCUGGCUUCAUGGUUGAGGGUGCUACACUGGAGACAGUCACCCCCAUUCCGUAUGAUGUGGUCAAUGAUCUCAAGGGUGGUUACUAGAAUGCCUGUUUCUUGAACUGGUGAAUCCAAUUAGCAUCUAUGCUUAUCGGAAUGUUUUGGUACUGAUUAGUCCAUUUUGUUGUAUGGAAUCUGAACCUCUGUGGUUAACAUUAAAAGAAUUUGCUAUGGUUGAUUUCA